CUUCUUUAAUUCCUUUCCUCAAUUUUAUUCUACUACUAUUUUAUUGAUGAUACUCUAAAAGACCGGAAAAAUAAGUAAUCUUUGUCAACAACUGUGUUAGUUUGUAGCUGAUAAAAUUUUUCACUCUGUCAUAAAUGGUGAUCAGAGAAUUACCCUUCACUGCAGGGCUCACUGCCCUUACUGUUUUUGUACUAGUCCAUAAAACUUGCAGUACUCAGAAUAGUAUUCAUCAGUGUGCCCCUUCUUCCUGCGGAAAUAUCCAGAACAUAAGCUAUCCGUUUCGAUUGAAGAGCGAUCCACAAACCUGCGGCGACCCAAGGUAUGAACUGUCGUGUGAGAGCAAUCAUACGGUGUUACACAUAUAUGCUGGAAAAUACUAUGUACAGGAAAUCAAUUACAAUAACUACACAAUCCGGGUGGUGGACUCAGGUAUAUACAAGGACAAUUACUUCUCCACUCCGAGUUAUUCUUCAGAUCCAUUUAAUUUCAGAUCUCAACUGCGUUCUCAACAGAUCGCUCCGUCGUAUUACCUGUCAAACUACAAGAUUAUGGUUUUCAUGAGCUGUGAAAGACCAGUGAAUACUCCAUUCUAUUUGGAUACUUCUACUUGCAUUGACAAUGGAGAGUAUUCUUUCAACUCUUCUAUUUCUCAUUCCAAGAGGUAUAAAUAUGUUACAAUUGAUGCAAGAGUGAUGGAUGUGAAGGACUCGUGCAGAUUAGAGCAGAUGGUUCUGACAUCGCGGCCAGGAAAUGAUCAUCCAAAUAUUUCCUGUUCAGAAAUCCACAAUGAUUUGGUAUAUGGUUUUGAGCCUUCAUGGAUCCGAGUUAUUUGUGAAAGUUAUUGUGGAAUAGGGAGUUCUUGCUACCGCAAUGACUUGAACCGUGUUGAAUGCGACAGCAAGAUAGGAUUGGGUAGAAGACUACUUUAUUUCUUUGCGGAGUGGCUAGUAACUCUAUAUUACUUUUUCAAAGCAGGAAGGCAACCUCCAUAUCCAGAAUAUUUAUCUAUUGCUUAUAAUUGGUACUUACUACUAAACAUCGUAUUGUUAUAUCUUACAGCAAAAAUGGUCUUGGGGGCUCCAUGGGUGGUUGCCCUUUUGAUAUAUAAGUGGCGUAGGAGGCAUUUAUCAACAAAUGACGCUGUCGAAGAAUUUCUGCAAAGCCAAAAUAACUUCAUGCCAAUUAGGUAUUCUUACUCAGAAAUUAGGAAGAUGACCAAAGGUUUUAAGGAUAAAUUGGGAGAAGGAGGCUAUGGCUCUGUGUAUAAAGGGAAGCUUCAAAGUGGUCGACUUGUAGCUAUUAAGAUGUUAGAUAAUUUCAAAGCUAAUGGGCAAGAUUUUAUCAGUGAAGUUGCAACAAUUGGAAGGAUUCACCACAUGAAUGUGGUGCAACUCAUUGGCUUUUGUGCCAAGGGACCAAAGCGCGCCCUUAUAUAUGAAUUCAUGCCUAACGGUUCUCUAGAUAAAUACAUUUUUUCUCUAGAAGAAAGAAUCCCUUUAAGUAUUGAGAAAUUAUAUGAAAUUUCUCUUGGAGUGGCUCGUGGAAUUGAAUAUCUACAUCAAGGAUGUGACAUGCAAAUUCUACAUUUUGAUAUCAAGCCCCAUAACAUUCUACUUGAUGAGAACUUCACUCCAAAAGUUUCUGAUUUUGGGCUUGCAAAACUUUAUCUUGCAGAUGAUAGCAUAGUGUCAUUGACUGCUGCAAGAGGAACACUAGGAUAUAUGGCUCCAGAGUUGUUCUAUAAAAACAUUGGAGGCGUCUCCUAUAAAGCUGAUGUUUAUAGUUUUGGCAUGUUAUUGUUGGAAAUGGCAAGCAAAAGAAAGAACUUUAAUGCAUUAGCAGAUCAUUCAAGCCAAAUGUAUUUUCCAACUUGGGUUUAUGAUCAAGUUAGUGAAGGAAAUGACAUAAUAAUGGAAGAUGCCACAGAGGAGGAGAAGAAAACAAUUAAUAAGAUGAUCAUAGUUGCAUUAUGGUGCAUACAGAUGAAGCCUAGUGAUCGUUGUUCAAUGAACAAAGUUGUAGAAAUGCUUGUAGGAGAAGUUGAAUGCUUACAAAUGCCUUCUAAGCCUUUCCUAUCAUCACUAGCGGAUGUAGGAGACAGCUUAAAUCCAACUUGCUCGACAAUUCAAUCAGGUGAAUCAAGUCAAUCAACUCAAUUUUAAAUGCAAACCAGGUGAUAUGUUAGUUGGUUGAUUCACAUGGAAAAGUGAAAGGUAUUUUAGGUGUUGCUAAUUCCAUAAUAAAUUUGGUUGCAAUUUCUACAUAAGUUUACUUGUAAAGACAAAAGUUUCAAUUUAAUUAUUUUCAAUGUCAUUUGUAA